AUGAAUAGUCAAUUCAUUCAUUAUGAAGUUAAGCCUACUCAAGGUGGUAGGGGAUUUUUGUGUACAUUUGUGUAUGGGUUUAAUUUCCUGAAUAGUAGGGGUCCUUUGUGGGAUGUUAUCAUGGAGAUUGCAAGGAGGGCUGAUGUUUGUUGGGUGUUAAUGGGUGAUUUUAAUGCUCUGUCUAAUGUUGAGGAUAGGAUUGGUAGCCCUGUAAGGGUGUCUGGAAUUAGGCCAAUGCUGGAGUGUAUGAAUGAAUGUGGACUUAGUGAUGUUAAGGCAUCUGGUAGACACUUCACUUGGAGUAGAAAACAAGAUGGUUCAGCCAGGGUGUUUUCAAGGAUAGAUAGAGUCAUAGCUAAUCCUAUGUGGCUUGAGACUUAUGAUCAGGCUGCAGUGGCCUUCUUACCUGAAGGUAAUUUUGAUCACACACCUAUUCUGUUAAGUGUAUAUGUUGUGCCUAUGACAAAAAGACCUUUCAAGUUCUGUAAUAUGUGGUGUCACUACACUGCUAUGAUGGAAGCUGUAAAGGCUGAAUGGAGGAAACCUGUGCUGGGGUGUCCAAUGUUCAAAGUGGUUGAGAAGCUGAAGAGGGUUAAGGGUGCUCUGAGGGCCUUGAAGAAACAGGGAUUUGGUGAGGCUGAGGUUGAACUUACAAAAUCUACAGAAGAGCUUGCAAAGGUUCAAGAUGCAUUACAUGGAAAUCCUAGAAGCAUGGAAUUUAUAGCUCAGGAGAGAAUAGCUAUAGAGAAGGUGCGGAGUGCCAAGAGGAGUGUUCAGACCAUGUUGCAGCAACAAGCUAAAUUAAUAUGGCUUAAAUGUGGUGAUGAAAAUACUAAAAUCUUCUACCAAGCCAUCAGAGCAAGAAGAAGGCAGAAUAGAGUGCAUGUUAUUCACAAUGGAGCAGGUGAAUGGGUGAACUCUCAUGAGAUGGUUUCAGCAGCUUUUCUGGAAUACUACAAGACUCUUUUUACUGGAAAAGAGCAACAACAAGUAGUCUUGAGCACUUUGAUGAGAAGAGGGAAGAGUAUCAGCGAGGAGCACAGGAGGAUACUUCAGAGUCCUUUCACCAAAGAGGAUGUGAGAAGCUAA